AGAAAAAGAAAAGAACAGAAAAGAAAAAGGAAAAAGCAAAAAAAGGUAAAAGAAAAAGAAAAGAACAAAGAAAAGAAAAAGGAAAAAAAGCAAAAAAAGGUAAAAAGAAAGAAAAGGAAAAGCAAAAAAAAUAAAAAAAAGAAAAAAAGCAAAAAAAAAGCAAAAAAAAGCAAUAAAUCAGCCCAAAGAAAAGUCGUAUACGACCUAAAAAACGAGAGACAGGAGGACGAAAAGCAAGAAGAACUGAGGAGACUCUCGUCACACACCCACUCGGCAACAGUUGCGAUAAUAUACGACGCACGAGCAUCUCUGCUCGUAUCACCGCCACUGCAGGUGCUGAACACAGUCAUUGACGAGCUUAUGCAACAGCUUAUGAGACAAGGUGCGGCUGCUGGCAGCUGA